UGGCCAGACACCUCACUUCACUUGAAAAACAACACAGCUUCAACGUCUUACUACCUGCUACAUGCUCAACCUAUCCAGAAUGGACUACAGCAUGUUUGCCCUGGUCCUCGUUCUCCUGGCCUGCAUCGAGCAGAGCUGGGCCACCUGUGUGGUGGACAGCUUCACCGUCAAACAGGACUUCGACCCCAAGAGAUAUGCAGGGAAGUGGUACGCUCUGCAGAAGAAGGACCCGGAAGGCCUCUUCCUCCAGGACAACAUCUCUGCUGAGUACACCAUCGGUGAUGACGGCUCCAUGGUCGCCUCCUCCAAGGGCAGAGUCACUCUCUUUGGAUUCUGGGUUGUGUGUGCUGAAAUGGCAGCCCAGUACUCUGUGCCUGAGCCUGCUAACCCUGGCAAGAUGUUCAUGAACUAUCAGGGCCUGGCUAGCUACCUGUCCAGCGGAGGCGACAACUACUGGGUCAUUGACACCGACUACGACAACUACGCCAUCACCUACGCCUGCCGCACCCUGAAGGACGACGGCAGCUGCGAGGACGGCUACUCCCUGAUCUUCUCCCGUAACCCCCGCGGCCUGCCCCCCCCCAUCCAGAGGAUCGUCCGCCAGAAGCAGGAGGAGAUCUGCAUGGCCGGCCAGUUUGAGCCUGUGCUGCAGUCAGGCGCUUGCUAAAUAUGUCCUCCAUAGACGCUUGCUGUUCCGUCCAGCAGCAUGCUGGUCGGGGCAGAGAGAACGGCCGAAGAGGGAAGUCUUAAUGGACACUGGGGUAUUGUUAGUACCAAAACGUUAACUUUGACCAAUCUUCUGUUAAAAUGUUGAAAGAUCUGGUAAUUGCAAUAUUAAAAGACCCCCUGGUGAGUAGCACUACAACUGAUGCUGUGUGAAUAUGCUGAGCAUGUGAUGCAUGCACCAAUCAAAUGAACUGAGUGUUACGGUUCUUCGUGUGAAUGUGGUGAUAGAAUCCACCAUAGCACUGUAACAAUGGCGUUUCCCUCCUUUCAUUGUAAAAUUGUGUCGGUGACAAUAAAUUUUGUAAAGAAA